CCACAUUCUUCUAUCCUCUCCCUCUCUCUCUCUCUCAACAACUCCAUUUCACAUGGAGCUCAAAAGUCAAAAAGUCAACACUUCCUUCUUCAUCCUCCUCUUGGUUUCCCACCUCUCACUUGUAACUCCAACCAACAAAUGGGUCGGGUCAAAAUACCAAAUCGAAUGCACAAUGUGUGCUGCCUGUGACAACCCAUGCAAUCAACCAUCACCAUCACCACCACCACCGGCAUCGCCAAUCUGCCCUCCACCUCCUCCUCCUCCCACAUCAUCCGGUGGCGGUGGCGGUGGCGGUGCCUCUUACUACUCUCCACCACCUCCCACUUCUGGAACCGGAGGUGGCUACUACUAUUCUCCACCGCCACCCUCUCAGGGCGUUUACUACUACUACCCACCGCCGCCGUACAAGAACUACCCCAACCCAGGACCACCAAAUCCGAUUACAAAUUACUACCCUUAUUACUAUUACAGCCCUCCGCUACCUUAUUCUGCCUCCGUGUCACUUUCCGGCGCCACCUCCAUGUUACUGAUUAACAUCAUUUUCAUCUGCUUUUUCAGUUUAUAAAUUACUUCAAAAGUACAGAUCUUUGACGAAUAAAGGUGUCAGAUUUCUCAGAUCUACGGCAAAGCUUUGUGAAUUUCCAGAAUUACCCAUCAAUUAUUCAUCGAACUACGGAGGAAUUAUUGGCAGUAGCAGCAGCCAUUGGUGAAGCUUCAAUCUUGCUGUUGUGGGUGAAGUAAUCUGUAAAUUCCUCAUAAUUUAUGUCCUUUUAUGUAAUUUGGAACAGCUAUAUAUUUCUAUAUUUAGAAACUAAAAUAACAUUUUUCUUGAUUUUGUGA